GACCGACGGGGCACAGUAGCCUGCCGUCGGCUUUGCGUUCUGCAACUCGGAGACCAUGAAACGAUCCUGAAUUCCAGACCGUGGCUUGAAAAGCUCCCUGCUUUACUGAAAUACUUAUCUGCAGCCUUGAAGAGAGAACACAUGCGCCACACUUCGUACGCACGCGUAGUAGCAGUAGCGUCAGUUUACUACUGGGGGAGUACAGCAGUUUGGUGUAACUAAUAUCCAGCAGGCACGAACAGGAACAAAGCUGGUCCCACUUGUCCGUGCACCAAAAUACUCCCUGCCUGUGCAGCAGCAGCAGCUCAGGACUCGGGAGUUCACCCCUUCGCCUACCAACCAACGCAACCAAGCUCCAACAAGUCGCACACCACCAAACGAAACCCCCCAGGACAUCAAGGAGGUCGAGCGCUCAACCUCCUCAUCCAGAGAUCUCGUUCCCUCUCCCGCUCUCUCUCUCUCCCCCCCACGGUCGUCGCCGGGCAAUGGCGACCGACGCGAUCCUGGAGACGAUCAAGCCGCGGCGGAGCGAGGACGAGCAGCUCCCCGUGACCGCCGCCGCCGCGGCCGCGGGAGGGUCCGGCGGCGGGAUCGGUCUGCGCCGGCGCAUGUCGUCCCUGUCGGCGCACUUCGGGCCGUCGCUGUCGUCGGCGCCGUUCCGUCGCGCGCGGUCGAUGCCGUCCGUGAAGGCGCUGGCGGCGGCGGGCGCGCUGCGGCGGUGGUGGGAGUGGGGGCUCGGGUGGGUGAUGGCGCGGCGCCCGCCGUUCGCGCGCGGGCUGGAGAUGAGCGACGACGAGGCCGCCGCGCUGGGCGGGUGCCACUGCCGCGGCACGUGGCGGCACGUCCUCUACAAGGUGCGCGCCGGGGCGCGGCGCCUGCUGGGCCGCGACGGCCGGCCGCUCAAGGCCGCCGCGCCGCAGGGAUUCAGGUACGACUCCGUCAGCUACGCGCAGAACUUCGACGACGGCGAGGCCUGACGCCGGAGAGCAGAGGAGGAGGGGAUCGAGCCGAGCCGGGGGGGGUCUGCUUCUCCCUGCUCGACCCAUCGGCGCGGCAUUGCUUGUUGUAAGCUGCAAUAAAGCAAUUCAUUUUGUGGUAAAUACAAACGGAAUCUAUGAUAUAGUAUGGUGUGUAUGAAGGCAUGGGUCGAUCUGGUCGUUGCUCCAAGAUGUAAUUUCCUUCCGUUCUUGUCGUCGCCAUUUUGCGUCAGUGCCUUGGAUGUUCGUCCAUCGGUCUUGGACGAACGCGUCCAUGGAUCAGAUCUUCAAUCCAGGACAGGCAAAUGUAAAUGAUCUGUAACAGUUCACUGCGAUCGCAAACAGUGGCACCGCAGCAUUUGUGAUUCGUGAA